AUGUUACAUUUGCCUGACAAAAUAACAUCAAUCGAAAUAAGUCCAUGCGCAAAAUGGGAUAUGAGAGCCAUUACAGCAAUAGGAACCGCCAACAAUUUGUUUUUGCUUCUUCGCAUCUAUGUCGAUGAUGAUAAUAAUCAACCAACUAUCUAUGUAACACUAUCUGUUGAAAGUCGUAUUGAAGAAUGGAGAUUGGGAGCAUCUAAAGAUGUACAAAUCGGUGACCAAUGCAAUGAUUGUGUAGGUUUAGCAGUCGAUAAAGCUAAAAAUGUUUACAUAUCGGAUACGCUACGAAGUCGAAUAAUCAAAUGGUCAUCUCAAACCAAUGAAACCACAACAGUUGCUGGUAAAAUAGAUCAAUCUGGAUCAACGGCUGAGCUUCUUUCUUUUCCACAAGAUCUCUAUGUCACUCGAACAGGUGACGAUAUCUAUGUAGUAGAUUCAGCAAAUAGUCGUAUACAAAAAAUGGUCUAA